GCCAUGUAAUUACUUAUAAGCAUGGGGUCUCAGUCGACCAUGAGAGAUCUGUAGGAGUGGACACGACUAUUGUCCUCAUCAAUCAGCACUUCCUCUAUCUGCAGAAAAAUCACUCUUGGCCAAAGUUUGGUAUCUUUCAACCACAAUGGGUCUCGACCUGAAGAACGAGGAUGGCCAGUAUCAUGACCCAUCCAGGGUAGAUGAAGAAGCCAUCGACUAUACCCGCGACUGGACGGUCGAGGAGGAGAGGAGAGCAAAGUGGAAGUUGGAUCUAACCAUCAUGCCAAUUCUUACCCUUGGCUUCUUCUGCCUUCAGCUCGACCGUGGUAACAUUGCCAAUGCUAUCACUGACAAAUUCAUGGAAGAUGUUGGUAUCAACCAGGAUCAGUUCAACGUCGGUCAACAAAUGCUUUCCCUAGGCAUCGUGCUCUUCGAAAUCCCUUCCAACAUGGUCCUUUAUCGUGUCGGUCCUGGCAAAUGGCUCACUCUCCAGCUCUUCCUCUUCGGUACCGUCAGUACCUUCCAGGCUUUCCAGACUAAUUACGCAUCAUUCAUCGCAACACGUUUUCUCCUUGGCAUCACUGAAUCGGGCUUUAUCCCUGGCGGUCUCUGGACCCUUUCGACCUGGUACACCAGAAGGGAAACCGCAAAGCGUGUCAUGAUAUUCUACUUUGGCAACCAGUUUGGUCAAGCAUCAGCGAAGCUACUCGCUUAUGGUAUCUUGCACAUGCGUGGUGUGGCAGGCCGUCCUGGCUGGUUUUGGCUCUUCAUCCUCAUGGGCGGCUUCACGAUCGCCAGUGGUUUCGUCUUCGGCUUCUUCCUACCAGACUCCUUCAAGAACCCGCAUCCUACUUUCGCCCCGAAGUUCAGAAUCUUUACCGAGCGUGAAGUUCGCAUCCUGCGAGCCCGUGUCCACUUGGAUGACCCUGCCAAGAGCAAGAAGAAGAAGAAGAUCGGCCUCGAUGCUUUCAAGAAAGCCUUUACCAAUUGGCGUCUGUGGGCACAUUUCUUCAUUACCCUGUGCAACAACGGACCCCAGCGUGCUUUCGACACUUAUGCACCAUCUAUUGUGACUUCCUUCGGCUUCGGUGCACUUCGCAGUAACGCCAUGGCUGCCGUUGGUCUGUUCCUCCAGAUUCCCGUCUCUUAUUCCUUCAGUUGGGUGUCGGAUCACUACAACCGUCGUGGUGAGACUGUGAUUGCUGGUUUCACAUGCCAUCUCCUUGGAUAUAUCUUCAACCGAAUUUUCACGGAGCUUAGCAGCCGCAAUGUUCGCUACUUUGGUGUCGUCUGGACGCAGACUUUUGGUACAUUUUCGCAUCCGCUCAACAUCACCUGGAUGUCCCUUACUUGCACCGACUCUGAAGAAAGAGCUCUCGCCAUGGCUAUGGUGAUCAUGGGAGCAAACAUUGCUGGCAUCUACGGCGCACAGAUCUUCCGUCGUGACGAUCGUCCCCGCUACCGCCGUGGUUUUGGUGUCGCCAUCGGCGUCCUCGCUGCUGGUCUUACUAUUGCCACUAUCCGCUAUGUCGACGACCGCAUCAGAAAGCGCCGCGAGGCUAAACAACUCCAGAGUGUUUCGUCCGCCGAUGAGAGCAAUUCGAAGGUCGUCGUGGUUCCCAGUGCCGACCAGCCUGCUCCCGUGGUUCUCGACAGUGGCAGACGACUUUCGGCCUCAGGUGCUUGAUCCGUCCCGUCGUUUCUGAGUUCAUAGUGUCGAC